AUGCAGCCCAAGAAGACACCUAAGGCCACAAAGGUCGCCGCCACCAAGACUAACGGUGAAUCGGCUAAGAAGGCAGCCAAGCCUAGAAAGGUUGUGCAAAAGCCUGCUGAUGAAGAACCUGCCACCGAGGCCGAGAAGCUGGAGCGCCGCGAGAAGGCCGUUCUCUACCUACGCCACAGAUUGCAGAAGGGUUUCUUGAUGCGUGAUCAGACACCCAAGGAAGAUGAGAUGUCCACCAUGAAUGACUUCUUCACCCAACUUGAGGGUUACGAGAAUCUCGAACCCGCCAUCAUCCGCGGCACAAAGAUCUACAAGGUUCUCCGUGGUAUCAUCAAGCUUUCUUCAAUUCCCAAGGAGGAGGAAUUCCAGUUCAAGAAGAGAUCAAAUGAUCUUCUUGCCUUGUGGCACGAUGCACUCGGCUCCAAGGGAGAUGAGAAGGAAGACGAAAAGGCCGAGGACAAGGACAAUGGCGAGAAGACAGAGAAGCCCUCAGAGAAGCCCAAGAAGGUCGCUGAGAACACAGAGUCCAAGGAGCCCACCGAGGCUCCCAGCGACCCUGAAGCUGCCGAGGACAAGGAUGUUGCCAUGACUGAUGUGAAGGAGGACAAGGCUGAGGUCGCAGCUGCACCUGCUGCACAGAGUGAGACCGCAGCUGCUGAGGUAGGCAUCGACAUCGAGUGA